AUGUUAUUUGAUUUGACUUUGCUUACUUUAGCAUUAACCACAUUUGCUUCUGCUAAUCCAAUUUCCAAAAGAGCUCCAAAACACUUGUCCUACCCAUUACAUAAAGUUGAAUAUAAUGAAACACACGAAAUUGCCAAAAGAUCUGGGCAUUCAAGUUUACCUCUUGAUAAUUAUUAUGAUUUUGGUUAUUAUGCUAACAUUUCCAUAGGUUCAAACAAGGCUCCUUUGCAUGUUCAAGUUGAUACUGGAAGUUAUCAAUUAUGGAUUCCAGAAAGUAAAACUGGUGAUAGUUUGAAUAAAUUUGAUCCAUUCAUUUCAAAAACUUAUAAAAAUGAAAGUAAACCUUAUGAAAUUACUUAUGUUGGACAAGAUUCAGUAAAAGGUUAUUACGGAACUGAUGAUUUAUGGUUACCUGAUGGAACAAAAGUUCCAAAUUAUGAAUUUGCAACUGUUUAUCAAUAUUCUAGAUCAACACCAUUUUGGGGUAUUGCUGGUUCAACUGUGAAAAAUAUUAGUGUAGCAAAUGCUAUGAGAAAUGCUGGAUUAAUUGAUCAUGCCGCUUAUUCUAUUGAAUUAGGUGCUCUUCAUGCUCAAAAGGCAAGUUUGGUUUUCGGAGCUAUUGAUAGAGCUAAAUAUAAUGGGAACUUAACUAUAUUACCAAAAGGAGAUGGUACUGGAGUUUUAACUAAUUCAGUAACUUUUGCAAAUGGUAAAAAAUUCAAUAUUGGAAUAAAUUUACCAAUAGAUACUGGUGCUCCAUUUACUUAUUUAUCUAAACCAAUUGCUGAUCCAAUUUUGACUGAAUUAAGUGGUGGAAAAUUAAAUUCAGAUUAUACUUUUGAUUGUUCAAUUGCUAAUCAAAAUAAAAAUUUGACAUUUAAUUUUAAUGGGGUCAAUAUUGAUAUUCCAUAUAGUGAUCUAAUCAGACAAUCUGGAUCAAAAUGUGUUUCAACCAUUUUAGUUGAUACUUUUCAAGUGUUGGGUGAUAAUUUUCUUAGGCAUGCUUAUGUUGCUUGGAAUUUUGAUACUAACAAAGUUGGACUUGCUCAAGCUACUCAUUCAGAUAAAACAGAUUUAAUUGAUUUCUAUUUUUAG